UUAAAGUUGAUGCAGUAAGAAAUCAAGGGGCACCUUCCAGAAGAGAAGGCUCCUGUCAUUCCUGGCUGGUCUCUGCCCCACCAGCAGUGAAUUAAGUGGAGUGCCGUUCUUUAGACAGCCACUUGAUGUCCUUUGCAUUUCUUCCUUACAUCUGUUCAGAAUCCAAAAUGACCAUCUAGGCAUUCUUUCAUUCUGCAAAUAUUUAUCAAGGGACUAUUAUGUUCCAGGCUGCACGCCAGGGAGGGUGGUGUAACAAAGAACCAGACACGGUCUUCAUACUUGGGCAGGUCACAGUCUAGCAGGGAAGACAGUGUUGUAAAUACUAAGAUUCAGCUCCAGUUCAUACUGUGUGUGCAGGAGGAGGUCCAAAAGAAUGUGCUACUGGAGGCUAGAGGGUGAGGACCUCCCACUAGCACUAACAGACAGGGAGAAUGGAUGAUUUAGGCAGAUGGAAUAAGAAAUGCUUGAGUCAAGAAGAAGCAAAAAAUGCCUUACAGUUGGAGUGUGAAAUGGGCGAAGGCUAGGAGGGAGGCAGGAGAUGAGCCACAGAGCCCACAGGAGCUACCUCACGGAAGCUCAGUAAGCCACAAGAAGGAAUUGGCCUUCAGUCUGUGGGUAAUAGGGAGGCUUAUGCAGCAGGAAAGUGUCUGUCAUGGGUUGAAUUGUGUCCCUGAAAAAAGAGACACUGGAGUCCUAAUAUCCAAUACCUCAGAAUGUGACCUUAUUUGGAGAUAGGGUCUUUACAGAGGUAAUCAAGUUAAAAUGAAGUUAUUAGGAUGGAUCUUAAUCCAAUAUGACUGAUGUCAUCAUGAAAAGGAGACAUUUGGACACAGGAACACACAUGCAUAAGGGAAAACAAUGUGAAGAGACCAAGAGAGAAGACCAAUAUCCACAAACCAAAGAGAGAGGUAUGGGACAGACCCCUCACAGCCCCAGAAGGAGCCAACCCUGCCAACAACUUGAUGGUGGACUUCUAGCCUCCAGAACUGAGACAAAAGAUAUUUCCAUGGUUUUAAGCCACACGGUUUGUGGUACUUUAUUACAGAAGCCCUAGAAAGCUAACCCAGACUUUAGCCUGAAGAGUCAGGUGAUCACAUUUUUACUAUUAAAAGAACACUGUGGCUUCAGUGCAGAGAAUGGAUGGCGGAGGGGGUGUCAGAGGGGCUGUGGGAACCAAGUACAUCAUGGGGACAAUACUGCAAUAAUCUGGGCAGGAAUGACGAUUUUUCACCAGAGUGGGGAGAUGAAAAAGGUUGCAAGAUUCAAGAGAUAUUUAUGAGGUAAAACAUGGGAGAUCCCUAGAGAAACAAAGCCCAUGCUGAUGGGCACUAGACAGAAAAAAAAAAAUGGAAAAAUGAUUGUGAUUCCAGCAACACAGUCUUCCUGCAUGCUUCUAGCCUCAGCCCCCUCUGUUGUCACAGACAGAAGACCUUCCCUUCCCCCUCUGUAUUUGGUCUAGCCCCGCCUCUCCUUCCCAGCCACCAGCUUCUUCUUUAUCAGACAUUUCCCAGUCACCCCCAAAGUGUUUAUUGAGCUUGUGGCUUACAAACUGCUUCCACAUGCAUCUUCCUCACUUUUCUCUUGAGAACAGGCUUUAUUUUGUCUUAUGUAUGAGGAGAGCGAAACAGAACAGGGAAGGGAUUUUGCCAAAGACACAUUGUGAUUAGUAGGGCCAAAAUUCAAACCCACAGCUUCUUUCUCUGCAUCCCAAGUUUGUUUUCCUGUGCCCUGCCAUAGCUCCAUGAACACAGCCCCAGUCAACACUGGAUUUGAAGGAGGUCCUGUCUCUAGCAAUUACAGUAAAGGACUCCAUGCAACAUUGAUUUUGAAAGUGGAUCAGUUACUGGAAAAAGGAUGUUAAGGUAGAAAAUUUCUACAGUGAAAAAUUACACCCCAGCCCAUUUGUUUUUGGCGUAAAUUUGUUGAAGCUUUGCUAAAGUGUGAGGAGGUAGCGUUUGGUGUUUAAGACCAUCCUUGUUGGGAUCCAGGCUUUGGCCCUUGUGGGCUGCAUGAUCUUGAGAAAAGUAUUCAACACUUUAACCUCAAUUUUCUUAUCUGUUAAAAGGGAAUGCUGUUGAGAGCCAGCUCAGAGUUGUUUUGAGUAAUGUACAUAUUUAGUUCAGUGCCUUAUACAUAGCAAAGACUUGAUAUGUUUUAGGCAUACCUGUUAUUAUUUGCCUUAAUUGCAUACUCAUUAAGAUCCUAAAAGCACACAAAAAUAGUUCUCUCUUAAAGUCUCACAAACUCAGGUGAAGGGUGGUCAAACAGUGAAAAAUCAAAGGCUGAGAGAUUUGCCAAGAAACACAGAAUAAUUGCUUUCAAGAGCAUCCCCGAACACCUGACAGACAAGAGGAUUUUGGCAGGAAGUAAAGAAUUAAAUAAGGCAAGUAGAGAAGGGUGAAGUAAAGGUGAGGUGAGGAGGUAUUUACUGUCCCCAUAUUACAGGUGAGGACAUCAAGAAUCAAAGUUAGGUAAUCAGUCCAAGACCACACACCCAGAAAAUGAAGGAGCUGAUUUCAAAAUGUGUGCUCUUAGCAGAGACACCACACUAAGCUCAUUGCUUUCCAGUGCACCUGUCACGACACCUGUAGCAUUUUAUUGUGCUUAUUUGUUUAAAAAGUUCUUCUCUACUAGACUAUAACCACCUUAAGAUUAGGAAUCGAGAAUGACUCAUCUUUGUACUCUCAGUACAAAGUUCAGUCCUAAGCAAUUGAGUUCCCAGUGAGCAUUUAAUGCAACGGUGUUGAAUAAUUGUGAAGCCAUAAAUCCCCAGUGUCUAAGAGUGUUCUAAUAAAUAGGUUCACAUAUAAUAGAGGAUUUUUUUGCCAGCUUUUAAUGAAAUGUUGUCUCUGAAAUUUUGACUAUAAACACUGUGCGCCUAUGUCAGCAUUCAUAUUUACCUGUUUCACUUAGGUAUUUGGGGUUUUUUGUCGUCGUUUAUUUACUUUGUUUUGUUUGCAAGGAGGAUAGAGAGAUGAGCCUCAACCUGACAUAUCUGAAUAAGCAUUUAUGGGGAGCUAGAGAAACAUGCAUCACUGAGGUCCACCAAGGAUUGUUUCUGAAAGGAAAUCCUUUCUCUGAUGUCCCUGCAUUUAACACAGGUUAAACUUUUGUAUUGUUCAACUCCUUUUUGUGGAAGGGAAGGAAGACAGAAUCAUGGGCAAUUUAUAGGAAUUCUUGGGGAGACAGAAUUGGAACUUGUUGAAUUGAAAGUUCUGGAAUUUUCCAUAUUCACUGGUACAUGCAGGAUUAUGGAGAGGGUCAAUCAAACCGUCAGUGUCUCUGAGUUCAUCCUCCUGGGACUGUCCUCCCGGCCUGAGGACCAGAAGCCACUUUUUGCCCUGUUCUUCAUCAUGUACAUGGUCACUCUGGUAGGAAAUCUGCUCAUCAUCCUGGCCAUCCGCUCUGACACUCAACUCCAGACACCUAUGUAUUUUUUCCUCAGCAUCUUAUCCUUCAUUGAUGUUUGCUACACAACAACCAUCAUUCCCAAGAUGCUGGUGAACUUCCUGUCAGAGAAGAAGUCCAUCUCCUACGCUGAGUGUAUGACCCAGAUGUAUUUCUUCUUGGCUUUUGCCAACACAGAAAGUUAUCUCCUGGCUGCCAUGGCCAUUGACCGCUUUGUGGCCAUCUGUGACCCAUUCCACUAUGUCACCACCAUGAGCCACCGCCGCUGCGUCCUGCUGCUGGCCUUCUCCUGCUCCAUCUCUGACCUCCAUUCCCUGUUACUAGUUCUUCUGAUAAACCGUCUCACCUUCUGUGACUCCAAUGUUAUCCCCCACUUCCUCUGUGACAUCAACCCUCUGCUGAAAUUGUCCUGCUCCCCCACAUUUGUCAAUGAAAUUGUAAUUAACACAGAAGGAUUGAUAACCCUGGUGACCCCCUUUAUGUGUGUUGUCAUCUCUUAUGUCCGGAUCCUCAUUGCUGUUCUUAAGAUCCCUUCAGCUGCGGGGAAGCGUAAAGCUUUCUCUACCUGUGGCUCCCACCUCACCAUGGUGACCCUCUUUUAUGGAAGCAUUAUUUAUGUUUAUUUCCGACCCCUGUCUAGCUAUACCAUCAAGGACAGGGUGGCAACAGUCAUCUAUACAGUUCUGUCCUCCAUGCUGAACCCUUUUAUCUAUAGUCUGAGGAACAAAGACAUGAAGCAAGGCCUGAGGAAGCUGAUGGGCAGGAGGUCCCAGGCAGCACUUUCGUGAGCACACUAAGAAGCAGGUCUUCUUUGAGCCUUCAUUUCUGCUGAUUCCUGGUCUACAUACCAAGUUGCUAGAAGUUAGCAUAUCUAAACUGAGUGUUCGUGGGAAAUUGUAUAAGUGACCAGACUAGAAUAUUAUAUACCAAGUCUCAUAUAUUCAUAAUAUUUUAUAUUUAUCUUACAGUAUAAUAAUAAUAAUAAUAAUAUAUCUUAUCAUAUACCCACCAAUCAAAGCCACCUCAUUAGGGCCACCUAACUGACCCAGGGUCUUUGCACCCAUUUCUCAUUCUCUUACUCCCAUUCCCUUUUCCUAUCCACUCCUUCCAAGUGCAACUAAAAAUUUCUCACUAAUUUUUCUUGACUAGAUUUCUCCUUGUCAAUAACUCUGAAUUCCCAGGGUGCCUGAGUGGCUCAGUCAGUUAAGCAUCUGACUUGAUCUCGGCUCAGGUCAUGAUCUCACCAUUUGUGAGAUCGAGCCCUGUGUCAGGC